CAGCAGCCUGAAGACGAAGAGACAUGACCCCCCACAGCAUCUGGAUACUAUUAGCACUGACAGCAGCGGCUCUCUCCGUCCCACUGCCGUCCCUAUUAGCCACUGAGGAGAGCGAUGGCGAGGUGGCAGAGAAAUACCUGCAGAGGUUCUUCAACCUGACAGAGAAGUCGACCCCCUCAAGCAGACGUGGGGUGAGCGCGCAGAGCCGGAUCCUGAGUGAGAUGCAGAGUUUCUUCAGACUGAAGGUGACUGGGCUGCUGGACUCCGACACGCUGGAGGUCAUGAAGAAACCCAGGUGUGGCGUUCCUGAGGUGGCACGCUACAGCACCUUCGGCCAAAACCUCAAAUGGCAAACAAACAAGCUCACAUUCAGGAUUGUAAACUACACGCCCGACAUGCCUCAGUCUGACGUGGAUAAUGCAAUCGAGAAAGCCCUGCAAGUCUGGGCACGCGUGACUCCCCUGAGGUUCAGCCGUAUCUACGCUGGCACGGCGGACAUCAUGAUCUCCUUUGGCAGCAGAGACCACGGAGAUUUCUACCCAUUCGAUGGACCAGAUGGCACUUUGGCUCAUGCGUUCGCACCGUCUCAGGGAAUCGGAGGGGAUGCUCAUUUCGAUGACGACGAGACCUUCACCUUCCGUUCCUCUCGUGGUUAUAACUUGUUCCUGGUGGCUGCCCAUGAGUUUGGCCAUUCUCUGGGUCUGUCCCACUCCCGGGACCCCGGCGCCCUCAUGUACCCCGUCUACAGCUACAGGGACCCCACCACGUUUGUGUUGCCUAGAGACGACGUCAACGGGAUUCAGUCUCUCUACGGUUCCAACCCUGAUGUCAGCGUAGUGAAGCCUGAACCAGAAGGUCCCACCACUCCAAACGCCUGCGACCCCCAGCUGGUCCUGGACGCCGUCACAACUCUGCGUGGGGAGAUGUUCUUCUUCAAGGACAGUUUCUUCUGGCGCAGCUCUACAUACAGCAGAAGAGCUGAGCAGCACCUCAUCAAGAGCUACUGGCCUGACGGCCCCAACAACAUCGACGCAGCUUACGAGAGCCGCUCAGCAGACAGAGUUUUCCUCAUCAAAGGCAGAAAGGUGUGGUCUCUGUAUGGCUACACCGUGGAGAGGGGCUACCCAAAGAGCCUCAAAAGCCUGGGUCUGUCCAAGUCUGUGAGGAAGGUCAACGCUGCCUUCCAUGACCAGGAAUCUGGCAAGACCAUAUUCUUUGUUGGCGAUUACUACUACAGUUAUGAUGAGAGCCGGAGAGUGAUGGACAGGGGUUACCCCAAACGGGUGGACGAGGGGUUCCCUGGGAUGACAGGAGAAGUCACCGCCGCCUUUCAGCACAGAGGCUUCACCUACAUCUUCAGUGGCCCCCAGAUGUUUGAGUACAGCUUCAGAAGCAAGAGGCUGUUUCGCGUACUGAGGAACAGCUAUUUCCUAAGGUGUUAAAAACAUAUUUUUGAACAUAUUGUUGUGGUGAUGCUGCUCACAUUUCAGGGUUUUUUUUAGACUGUACCACUAUUUAAAUCAUAAUAUAUUUUGAUUACACAAUGAUCACCUGAAAGGAAUAUUUUAAGAUGGCAUUUCAAAUAAAGCUAUGUAUGUUUCUUACUGUAAAUAUUACCCUUUUGUGAAUAUUGUGAAUUUUCUUGUUUGUAUGAACUGCAAAUAAAUUAAUUAUAAACAAA